AUGCUCAGUACCCGCGUCGCGCGCGGUCCGCACGAGAGCUAUUAUUCCCCAGAGGAAGAGCUCAAGCGGCCGCUCGUCAUGGAACCAUUCCCUGCUCCCCUCGAUCGGCCCACGCAUUCCAAAAAUCUAUCGGGGACACAAGUACGAGUCGAUGAGGUACCCUCUCCUAAACAAACACGCGGUGGGACCGAACCGAGGAUCAAUCUACGACGUGCCAAUACGGUGGCACAAGGUAGUGCGAUUAAAAGGAAUUUGGAAUUGAAAGCCAACCGGGAGAGAACCGCAACGACAGGCACAACUCCAGGAGGACUACGAGCUAAAGAUAGUCAUGAGUUAUUACGAAAGAACCCGCCAUUGCAACGAUCCCAGACACAUCGCGGCCCAUUAGAGGCACGGCCGGUUGCCCGUAAAGCAGGUCAUUUUACGGUUGGAAGUGUCGGUCAGAAUGGCAAGAUCUUUCUCAGGCCGAUUGCGAACCCACCCCAGAAGAGCCCUUCAAUAGUCCCUUUCUCAUCAAUUGAUCAAGUGACGACCGAUCGUCUUCAGCCGCAAACUACCGCCCACCCCCGAGAUGACCCGUCCCGAUGGUCAAGUUCCCAGUUGUCCGAGCUGCGUCCGCGAGAACCCACACGAGAGGAGUACGCACCUGUCGUUAGCGAUUCACCGCGACCGAAAUCCGCAAAUCGUCACCGGCAGCGAGCGAACUCGUUCUCGACUAUAUCAGAGAAACAAUCAGUGUCUGGCGCGGGGAAACGUGGGGAACUGCGUAUCGUGAUCGAUCGAACUGAGGACCGGCCCAAAACUGCGAAUGAAAAGUCGCCUGACACAGCAUUGGAAAUCCCCAUUCCUCAUUACCGGCUCGGGUCGCCACGAUUCAAUACCGAAGGUAGUGCGAGGCUGCAGAGUUCCGUCUACACGCGAACCUCAAUGUCCGAUAAUUUUCGAAAUUCGACUUUAUUGGGUGGUUUAAUUGAUCCCAUGUCAGCGCGUCCGACACCAUACACGAGAGAUUCAUUUGCGCGUCAUCGCGCGUCUUUUGCGGUAUCGAUGUUCUCCGGAGCUGCGGCUAUAGAUCUGAGUCGCGCCUCACCGGCACCAAGGAACUCAAUGGUGUAUGACUUGAAGGGUCCAGUUGAACCUUCAAUAUAUGAAACCUUGGUCUCGGACAUGGAUGGUGAGACAGUUGUGCGGUAUAUUCCAGGUACAAAGGAUAUCAGUGCUGCCACGCCCGCGCGCAUUGUUGCGCAGAUUUCAUCCGAAUCCUUUAUGGACUAUGAAUUGGUGUCGGACUUCUUUCUGACUUUCCGCUCUUAUCUAUCGGCAAACCAUCUGCUUGCUCUUCUUCUUGCGCGUUUGCAAUGGGCAAUUAACCGAUUACAAGAAGACGGACGAAUCAUCCGCAUUCGUACAUUUGCCGCACUCCGGCAUUGGAUCUUGAAUUACUUUGUCGAUGACUUUAUUGCGAACUAUGACUUGCGAGUCCACUUCUGUGAGACCAUAAACAACCUUUAUCAGGAAGUUAAAUCUCGAAGAAACGGGGGCACCAGCGAUUUGAAAAUUCUCAUUGAUCUGAAACGAUGCUGGAAUGGCAAGUGUUCAGUAUAUUGGACCGCUUCGGAUUUCUCUCGAGCCUAUAAUGACCCUGACAGCCCGAUAUUGCCCGGAAAUGCUCAGCUUGAACUACCCAAUGAUGAGAUCCCUCAACAACCCGUCGCAGUUCCUAGAGUGAUCCCUCACAUCAAAACCUCUUCCCGGAAGAGCUUCCCUGUUUCUAUACAGCAUGAUCGAAAUGAAUCUGCGGGCACUGUAAAUAGUAUACCCUACUCAGCCAAAAGCGAGCAAAGCAUACUCGCACUUUCGUGCUCAUUGCCUCCCAAAUCCCCAAGGCGCUUUUCAACUUCUUACUCCAGAAGCAAAGCACCUCGACCAGUCGUCUUGGGACUUACGAAGUCGACGUCUCCUCACGAACCACCUCCAACUUCGCCAAUGAUUUCGCGACUCCCAUUUCACGGCCACAAAAGAAGUGGUAGCUUCUCCGAUUCAUUCCGAGACGAUCGGCUUCCUAUGUCUGGUGUGGAUGCUGGCUCGCCAGCUACUCCGAAAGAGAUCCUGGACCCGGUCAGCUUUAUUCGUGGAGCAUUGUACCCUCCUCCAGAAUCUUAUAUGACUUUAAUGGCCCCGGAUUCCCCUCCCUUGGCCCCUCCAUCUUCAUCAACUAAUUCAGACCGCCGAAGCACUCCCGAUGGUGGGCCUAAACCGGCGCAAUUGAAUUCUGGGAUGAAGACCAUCAUUGGUUCAAUUCGACGGGUCCUCCAUACAAGGAACGGCGGGCAUAGUGUAUCCGCUCGCAUGGCGAACGCAUCAGAUACUAAAUAUUCUCCAUCACGAGGAAAGACAUCCGCAAUGCCUAAUCAUCUUGCAUUGGGUUCUGAUUUCUAUCGAGAAAGAAAGAUUGGGGCUAUACCCAAGCGUCCCACUCGAUAUGAUGUUUUGUGUGAUCAAUCCUUGAAGCAGUACAAGGAGGCUAUGGAGAAUGCCGCGCAGUUAGGAAAUCAACCCCAAGGAAAUGUGUCGAAGCCGCAGUCGAAUGAGCAGGAUCCCAGUCUGAUUCCACAUGAAGUUUUUCUGCAGAGCCCCAGGCCUGAAGAGUCUAAAAUUAAGAGUGGACUGACUAUGGGAAGUGGCUCCAUUGUCAUUGUUGAUGAUACUGGAUUCGAAUUCCCUAGUAUGUCGGGAGCUGUUAACCCAAAUACAAACUAUGGUAUUGACCAAGCACGUCUGAAUGCCGGUUAUGCGGUUGGCGUGUCUUCCAAAUCGUUUAUGUCAACAUCGACAUACGGUCACAGUGAACAUACAGUUCCGAUCUGUUUCAAUGGUGAAGUUCCCGAGCUUCCUCAGAAUUUGUACGCCCCCAGCAUUUCUUCGCAGCGCAGGUCCUAUUCCAAUGAACCUCAAUCCACACCUCGCAAAAGAGUCUCGCUUUCUCUUCGGCUCCGCAAGUAUGCCUCUUUCCAGAGCGGAAUCUCCAGACAGCGAGCGUCGAUCGGUAGUGAUGGAGGGAAGUCGGCUGUAAGCUCCAAAUAUGCCCAAGAUCUGGCAGACAAGCCAAUGGGUCCUUCACUUCGCAGGAGACCUGGUGGGAACUUGCGACAAAUGCAGUUCGUGGAUGACGUAAACCCAACUUCAGGCCGUGAAAGCCCAGCAUCUAUUCAGUCCUAUAAUGAUUCUUUGGCUGAGAGUACCGUGACCACUUCUGAAGUUGCGACAAGACCACCUAGUGCCUUGAUUCCACCAAAUCCUCGGCAGUCUUUAAUUCAAGCUCGAUCAGGCCGGAAUAUGAAACGCUCAUUUGAAGCGGCUAUUGCACGCUUUGCUGAAAUCCCCGAUGAUGAGGAUGGAGGUGUUGAGUCUACUCUAUUGAAGCUGGAGGGCAAAUGGCCCAGCUCUCCACCGGCGGAUCAAGAGAUUGAAUUUGAGAGAGUCCGACAUUUCCAGAGUGAUAAUCAUUGGCACGGGAAGAGUAAUGCAGACUUGGAUGUUAUCUCCCGAAGACGACAGACAGAUAAGUCCGCCUACUCCACCGUUGGAGGACAUCUAGCACCACCCAGACCGUACUCUGAUUCUGUCGCGGAAUCUGAAGAUUCUUACAAUUCAAUUCCUCUUCUGGAGCGUGGUUUGACGGAUGAGUCAAUGAAACGACCAUCUCCGAGUCGUACCCAGAUUCCAAGCCAGAUCAUCGAUGUGCAAGGAGCCCUUCUCAGCCAAAUUCCUAGUCGGGAUACGUCUGAAUUGGUUUCAUCCCAUCCAUCGAUACAGAUUAUUCAGGAAACAGACAGUAUGCGACGUAUUCCCAGGGGCUCGACUCUACCACAGCCAGCCGCCCUUGAUGCAGGACACGUUACUCCCAAACAUCUGUCGGCUAUGUCUGUGGACCUCAUUGACGCUCGUGAAGCCAUGGACGCUCGUAUAUCUACGGACACUCGCAGCCUGGGCUCUUCGACUGUCGAUAUCCCGCCUCAUCCGCUCGCACAUCCUCCUUCUCCUCCGAUGACUAUUCAACACCCUAGCUCUUUCGCCUCAUGUGUAUCACCUUUGGAAAAAGUGCUUUUCCAGGCGCAACCACUGACGCCAGACACUUCUCCUAUGCGUCAGGUGACACAACCUACCAAUCAGUCACCCAGGAAUGUGCCUCCAUUCUCCAGCGAUGUCCUUUCCAACUCAGAGAAAGACCAGCAGAAUGUUAUCCCUGAUGAGCCUGAUCAUGUUCCCUUUGUUCUUGCAUGCGAAUCUCACAUGCUUGCACAGCAACUGACAUUGGUCGAAAUGGCUGCACUGAGCGAGGUUGAUUGGCGUGACUUGGUUGAGAUGAGAUGGAGCAGUAGCUCUCAGUGUCUCGUGAGUUGGGUUCAAUUCCUCACGAGCGAAGAACGAAAGGGUAUUGACCUAGUUGUUGGGCGUUUCAACCUCAUGGUGAAAUGGGUGGUAUCCGAGAUUGUCUUGACUCGCAAUAUUCAAGAGCGAGCACGCACGAUUAUCAAGUUCAUUCAUACGGCUGCUCAUGCACGCCGCAUCUGCAACUAUGCGACCAUGCUUCAGAUUGCUAUCGCCCUGGCUUCAUCGGACUGUUCUCGACUUCAUAAUACGUGGCAACUGGUUCCCUCAGAGGAUCGACGACUCUUCAAGGAUAUGGAAUGUUUGAUUCAACCGGUUCGCAAUUUCCAUGAUCUUCGCGUUGAGAUGGAGACGGCCAACUUACAGGAAGGCUGUAUUCCUUUCAUUGGCCUUUAUGUACAUGACCUCACUUAUAAUGCGCAGAAGCCUGCCCAAAUCUCUCGAAACGAAGGAGAUCUGCUGGUCAACUUUGAACGAUACCGCACUGCUGCCCGUAUCGUCAAGAGUCUCCUUCGUCUGAUCGAUGCAAGCACCAAGUAUCGAUUCGAACCCGUUCACGGAGUGAUCGAGCGUUGCCUUUGGAUCGCAUGCCUUCGUGAAGACGAGAUUCAAGCUCGUAGCAAAGAUCUCGAGUAA